GGCGAAGUGUGCCAUUUGGAGGAAGUCAUUUUAUUUCAUUUUAACAGCACUGUUGUCGCGUGUGUCGAGGUGCCUGGGUCAACCUGCCUCGUUUGAAGGACAGCUGUAUUAACUGACGUAUGUAAAUGAAUAUAGGGGAGGUCCUUGUGUGAAAAACACACACACACACUGAAUCAGUUUGCAGCUCCGGAGUUCCUGCGUGGAAGGAAAAAACGAGACGUGGCGAAAUCUGCUCAGCAAACCAUGCAGGAUGAUUUACUGAUGGACAAAAACAAAGCCCAGCCUCACCAUCAGCAAGACCCGACGCAAGUAGACCCUCCUCCCUCAACCCCGACCCCGUCAUCGGAGCCUACUUCGUCUUCAUCGGAGUCGGAGAGCCCGUCUUCGGCUUCAGCGUUGAACAGCAGGGACAAAAUGCCAAUGGAGUCGCCGAUCCUGCCCGGGUUGAGCUUCCACCACCAGCCGCAGUCUGAGACCGGCGGCCCCCUGUCCUCCCCGUCCUCCUCUUACGGGAGCACUUGGUCCACGGGAACCACUAACUCCGCCGUGGACGACAGCUUUUUCCAGGGAAUACCCUCGGUGAACGGGACGAUGCUCUUCCAGAACUUCCCCCAUCACGUCAACCCGGUGUUCGGGGGGAAUUUCUCCCCGCAGAUUGGUCUGGCACCCCAGACCCAGCAGCACCAACAGCAAGCCCAGCAGCAGCAGCAGCAGCAGCAGCAGCAGCAGCAGCAGCAGCCCCCCCAGCAGAGGAGAUCCCCUGUCAGCCCCAACCAAGGCCCCUUCCCCCAGAGAAACGCUUAUCAGACCAUUAUGAAUAACAGCAAAGUGUCAUCCUCUUCUUCUGGCUCGUCGUCCGCUUGGAAUAAUCACCAAAACGCGGCUUGGAGCACAGCCUCCAACCCGUGGAGCGGACUGCAGGCGGGCAGGGACCCGCGCAGAGCAGUGGGUGUCGGGGUUGGAGUCGGCGUCGGGGUGCCUUCUCCCCUGAACCCCAUCUCCCCCAUGAAAAAGCCCUAUAGCAGCAACGUUAUAGCACCGCCCAAGUUCCCAAGACCCGGUCCCCUCACCCCCAAGCCUUGGAUGGAGGACAGCGCCUUCAGGACUGACAACAGCAACAACAUACUGCCUUUCCAGGACCGGAAUCGGCCCUUUGAUGCUUUUAGCUUGCACUCUUUGGAGAAUUCCUUAAUGGAUAUGAUAAGGACUGACCAUGACAAAGGUAAACCACACCCUGCCGGUGGCCCACCAAUGACUAUCGCUGAUAUUAUAUGGAGGAAUCAUUUUGCAGGACGCAUGGGCCUCAACUUUCAUCAUCCUGGAGCAGAGCACAUAAUGCCACUGAAUACCCGGAGCUAUGGCCGCAGAAGAGGUCGUUCCUGUCUUUUUCCCUUUGAAGAUGGUUUCCUCGAUGACAGUCACGGUGACCCCUCCUUGACGCCGGGCCUGAACUCGCCGACCCGCUGCCAGAACGGAGAGAGGAUGGAGCGCUACUCCAGGAAGGUCUUUGUCGGAGGCCUCCCCCCUGACAUAGAUGAAGAUGAAAUCACCAACAGUUUCCGUCGCUAUGGGCACCUGGUGGUGGACUGGCCCCACAAAGCGGAGAGCAAGUCCUACUUCCCACCUAAAGGCUACGCCUUCCUGCUCUUCCAGGAAGAGACUUCUGUCCAGGCCUUGAUCGACGCCUGCAUCGAGGAGGACGGCAAGCUCUACCUGUGUGUGUCCAGUCCCACCAUCAAGGACAAACCGGUCCAGAUCCGUCCCUGGAACCUGAGCGACAGCGACUUUGUCAUGGAUGGCUCCCAGCCUCUGGACCCCCGCAAAACCAUCUUUGUAGGGGGGGUGCCACGACCCCUUCGCGCCGUGGAGCUUGCUAUGAUCAUGGACCGGCUGUACGGAGGUGUUUGCUACGCUGGCAUCGACACCGACCCGGAGCUCAAAUAUCCAAAGGGAGCGGGGCGCGUGGCCUUCUCCAAUCAGCAGAGCUACAUCGCCGCCAUCAGCGCUCGCUUCGUUCAGCUGCAGCACAAUGACAUCGACAAAAGGGUGGAGGUGAAGCCGUAUGUCCUGGACGACCAGAUGUGUGAUGAGUGCCAGGGGGCUCGCUGUGGGGGGAAGUUCGCCCCCUUCUUCUGUGCCAACGUCACCUGCCUGCAGUACUACUGCGAGUACUGCUGGGCCAGCAUCCACUCGCGAGCCGGACGAGAGUUUCACAAGCCACUGGUGAAGGAAGGCGGCGACCGCCCUCGACACGUGUCCUUCCGCUGGAGCUGAGGGGGGUACACCAGUCAGCCCUGCCCCGGUGAACCCACACUCAACCCCUACAGGCAGCGCUGCAAACC